GACAGGACAGAGUCUCCUGCUAGUUUUCACAAUGUUCAAAAGAAGCAAGACCUCUGCUACAGAUAGAAAGGACUUAUUUGCCCAAGGAAUUACACAGCCCACACUGAAGAAUGACAUGAAUUUUCACGCUUUUUCACAACUUGUACUGUCUACUGGUGGACUGAAAUCAACUCCAGCAAUUAAACAUUCAAAAACCACUCACUUUGAGAUCGAAAUUCUUGAUGCUCAAACCAGAAAGCAGAUAUGUAUUGUGGACAAGGUGUCUCCCACAUCUACUCUCCGUGAUGUUAAACACAAAUUUCACAAAGCAUGUCCCCAGUGGCACCCUUCCCGUGUUGGCCUUCAGCUUGAACGCAAUGGCCCUUUUCUGAAGGAUUAUGUGAACAUACAAAGCAUUGCAGCUUCCUCCAUUAUUACACUAUAUUUCACAGAUCUGGGUCAGCAGGUCAGUUGGACAACAGUUUUUCUGGCUGAAUAUGCAGGACCUCUGCUAAUCUACCUCAUCUUUUACAUGCGGCUCACACUUAUUUAUGAUGCAAAGGAGAGUUCCAGAAAAUUGCGCCACCCAGUGGUACACUUGGCCUGUUUCUGCCACUGUUUACACUAUGCCCGCUAUCUUCUAGAGACAUUAUUUGUUCAUAAACUUUCUGGAGAGCACACACCUUUGAAAAAUUUGAUAAAGGGAUGUGCCUUUUACUGGGGAUUUACUUCUUGGAUUGCAUACUACAUUAAUCACCCUCGGUACACACCACCAUCAUUUGGAAACAGGCAAGUCACAGUUUCUGCCCUCAAUUUUCUGGAAAUAAUGCUUGUUUCCCAAGUCCAACUUACAACCCUUUCACAUGGUUGUUUAUGUUGGUUUCCUGUCCUAAUUAUACCUAUGAGAUUGGGUCAUGGAUUAGUUUCACAGUUAUGACACAAACUCUUCCAGUUGGAAUUUUUACACUCCUAAUGAGUAUCCAGAUGUCGCUGUGGGCACAAAAGAAGCAUAAAGUUUAUCUGAAGAAAUUUGAUUCUUAUGUCCAUAGAAAAUCGGCAAUGAUUCCAUUUAUAUUGUAAAGGUGUGUAGUGGUAUGGAAAACUCUUCUUGUACACAGAAGGGUUAGAAGGAAAAAAGUUCUCAUACUAAAAAAAUACAAGUCAAGAUUUGCUGAGAUUCUUUUUUAUUUUCAGAAUUUUGAUAUAUUUGUCUAAAUUUGGAUUCACAAAACCAAAUAGGAAAAUAAAAAAGAUCAAUAAGAGGAAGGGGAAGUACAGAAACAGGCCUACCUUUUUUUUUCAGAGAAUUACUUUCUAAACAAAACUCAGGGGAAAAAAAUGCUGGAAAUAACCCUGGCUAUAGCACUGAUCAUGUGCAUGAUCUUGGUAAUGUCCAUUUAUUUUUUUCUGGGCCUCAGUUUCCUCUCCUGAAAAAUAACAUAUUUAGAUAAGUAUUCAGUGGCAAAAAAUCUAGAAUUCUAAGUUGUUUGUUUUUGUUACUAUUAUUUAUCAUUGAAUAUUUAGCAGGAUUACCUAUAACAAUAAGCAACAAUGAGGAAUCUGGAGUUUAAAGUAGAAAAUUUUAAAAGGUAGUUUUUGGGGUAUGAAAAUCAUUUGAAUUACACAAUUUCAAUUUAAUGGCUAGUUAAAACAAUUACAUUUCUGAGUCUGUUUACAAUGAAUUGUCAAAUGUGUAAAGUAUUCUUAAAUCGUAAGAUAAAGGUUUUCAAGAAUUUCUACUUAAAGAUGGAAGGUUUUAUAUUAUCUACUUAUUGUAACAUAAUGUACUAUCAAACAUGAUAAAUUUAUGGCAUAAAAGGUUUGUGAAACUGAGAGUAGAAUUCAAAAUGAUUUUUUGAUGUCCCUUUCUUUCAUUGUAAAGUUUGAAUGAGUAAAUCAAUCAAAGAACAACCAUUAAAUACCUUGUGUGUAAUGAGUAUGGUGAUUGGUGGUGGGGACACAGAGACAAAAAUGAAAGUACCUUCCCUCAAGGAGUUUGUAAUCUAUUGGGAAAUAGUAACAUAUGCAUUAUUAGAUUGGUGAUGAGAGCUAGAAGUUCUGAGCUUAACCUAAUUCAGUUCCGUAGUAAUUUAUGUUCAAAAAUUGGAACGAAAUGAGAUACUUUUGGUCGAUCUAUUUAACAGUUUAAAAGAGGACUUAUUUAGCCAAUAACAAGAGAAGAAUAUUCUAUAUGGGUAUGCUUUGAAGAAACCUUGAGUUCAUUAAGCUAAGCAAAAUUCUCCUGCCUCUGAGUUGCCCAUAAUGGUCCUCUAGCCAAACCUCUAGUAGAGGUUGGAGCUCCAAGUGGUGCUACCUGAUUCAGACAGAUAAGGAGGAUAACAAUAUCCCAAAUCUGAGUACACUGAGGCAAAUCACAUCUAAAAUAAAAUAUUAAUAUGUUUUAAGAAAAAUCUACCUAAUUUUCAUGGGGUAAGAAUUUAGGUAGGGUUUUAUGAUACUGUUCUUUAAGGAAGGAAAGGGAGAAGAAGUUAUUUCUAUACAUUCUUCAUUUAAGGCACUUUUUUGAGAUCUUUAUGAUCAUGGUAUGACUUAACACAAUGAAAAAUUUGAACUCUAAAUAUAGUUGAAAAUAAUAGGAUCUUGAAAAGUAAAAUGUCUCUAUAACAUAGUAUAUUAAUAGAAUAUAACACACUCCAUGUUUUCUUUCAUUCAAUGAUGAUUAUUAUCAUACAAAAUAACUAGUAAUGUUUUUAGCUUUUCCUUUUUUUCAGUCAUGCAUUUUCUGUUAAACAGAUAAUACAAACAAAUGACUUGAUUUUGUUGAUGAGAAAAAUUGCUUUUAUGUGUGUGUGUGUAUGUGUGUGUUCGUGUGUGUUUAUGAGGUAAGAUUUUGGAUAGAAUUUAUGGAUAAAUCCUAAAUUUGCUAGUGCUAUCUUACAUAAAAUAAUGGUGGAGCAUGUGACAAAUUAAUAAUCUUUUGUUCACCUGGCUAUGUACUUCGAGCUGCAAUGGCCUCUUUUGAAAAAAAAAGCAUAAUUUCUAAACUAGCAAGUAGACUAAUAUUUCAUUAAAUUAUUCUACUGAAAUUCAUAAAUGUAUGGAUAAAAAAGCUAAAUACGUGUGAUUAUUAAUGAUGUUAAUCAAGGAUGGAAAGAAAAGUUUUUUAAAGAGGAUAUUAAGCACUCAAAAGGAAGGUUGGAUUUAGUCCCCGUUAGUGUCAGGAUCAGGAACUAUGUUAUUUGUGCACAUGUAAAAUUGAGCAUUUGUCUUCUUUUAAUUCAUAUUUCAAAAUGAACAACCUCUAGGAUAUUUUUAUCAGUCUUAAGUGCAGAAGGACAUGUCAAUAUUUUUUCAAAAUUAAUUUCUUGUCUGAGUGUAACUCUUUAAAAUGACAUCCCUACAAGUAACCAACCAGACAAUCUAAAUGUGUGGGAAGAGAGGGAGUCUGUGUUUUGGAAUCUCAUUGCUCACUAAUCUAAGGUGUAUGUUUGUGAUCCUCUCUGAGAAUGGAAAUUAAAUCUCAGAUAUGCUGGUUUUUGACAUACCAUGUUUCAGUAGAAGGGUUUUGAUUCUGAGUCAGAGAACAUGUAUUUAAUCCCCACUCUGACAGUAAGUCCUGGAAUGACCUUAAUAUUUUGGGCCUUCAUUUUCUUCUCUGUAAAUGUAAGGGGUUUGUGUUGAUGGCCUGUAAAGUUCUAUUUUUUUUUCUCUAUAUUCAUGUAAUCUCCCCAGAUUUUCUUUUGAACUAAUAAAGGACCAAAAGGUCCAUCUAGACAUAAGCCUAUGUGUCUAAAGGAGACAAAAUAAAAUACUCUGUUUUGACUCAAGAAUUCUCUUUUAUUUUAGUUUGGAAUUGGCAAAAAAAAAAAAGAGCUAUCAAUGGUAGUUUGGACAAAUGGGUCACAAUUAGACUCACUCUACUUUUUAUUACAUAUACUUGCUGUAUACAUUUCAGAGUUCAUCACUAAUUAUUUUUUGAGUGUCAUCAUUCAUUUAAAAAAUAAUUUUACUGAUAUUUUUGCAUAUGAUUUCAUUGAUUUAGGUAAAUCUCCCAUGAUGGAACUCUUACCAGUGCUUAUUGGCAAUAGUUUAAUGGCAUCGAGAUUUUAAGUUAAUUGUCUAUGGUCACAAACAUUGCGUCAGAAAUGAAACCUUAUCUCUUAUUUCCCAAAUAUACAUGCCCAUGUAUGCAGAAAUAAAUUUUCACAUAUACACAUACUUACACACACACACCACACACACACACACACACACACCACAGAGUCUAUCUCUUUCCCUUUCUUGCAGACUCUACCUGCUGUAUUAAACCACAGUGUCAAAUAGAAACAGGAGUACUAAACAAUGUUUGAGUCCUGCAACAAGCAUAUUGAGUUAGAAAACCACUAUUAAUCUUAAUUAUUCUAUUAUUUUCAAAUUUAUUUUGUUUACCUAUCUCCCAACUGUAUUUUUUAUCUGGUUCCUGAAAUACUUACUAGUGUUGAUAAAUCAUAAUGCAGCUGUUUUUCACAACUCUGUGCUAAACUACCUUUCUAUGAUUAGUAUGAGAAUUUAUUGAAUGCCUAUAGACAGAAACAGACUGUUUGCAUCAUUUAAAGGAAAUUCUAAGUCAAUGAAAUCAGAGAAAUUUCAAUAUUUGAUAUAGUUUUAAACAAGGGUUCUUGACCUGCACUCUCUAAACAUUAAAAGAUAUUUUGACAACUCUUUUCUAAUAGAAGUUAUUGACUUCUCUUAUCAUAUAUUUAUUAUGUGAUACAUCUUCCCUCAGUUCAGUCUUGUCUUAAUGUCAUACUUCAUAUG